ACGGAGGCCAGGCCUUGCUAGCCUAGGAGUCGGUCACUUGAUUCUCCGAUCCGUGUAGCGCGCCCCGGAAGGUUUCUCAGAGUGGAAACGAACAGGAAAGCCGCGGGGAGAAGUGCAUUCAUUCCAGAGAAGAGAUAGGCAUAGAUAGCCACGCGCGGCGGAGAGCGAGCUAGCUAGCAACGCACAGGCUGCCUGCUUCGAUUCCUGGUUGCCGCCUCGCGUCGUCGAUCACGCGGUGUUUCUCACGGCUACCAAGAUAGUAGGGCUGGCAAACCGGUGGCCGGCCGCCGGCGCGGCGGCCGAGGAGAUGGGGAGCCUCGACGGCCACGCGCUGCAGGGCCGCCACCACGGCUACGCCCACUCCCAUGUCGGCGCCGACAGCGGCGGCGGCAACAACAACAACGACGAGGACGACGCGUCGCCGCCGCCGGCGUCGUCGGGUGGAGGAGCGGGGGCGGGCCCGCGCCGGCCGCGCGGGCGGCCCCCCGGGUCCAAGAACAAGCCCAAGCCGCCCGUGGUGGUGACGCGGGAGAGCCCCAACGCGAUGCGCUCCCACGUGCUGGAGAUCGCCAGCGGCGCCGACAUCGUCGACGCCAUCGCGGGCUUCUCCCGCCGCCGCCAGCGCGGCGUCUCCGUCCUCAGCGGGACCGGCGCCGUCACCAACGUCACGCUGCGGCAGCCCGCGGGGGCCGGGGCCGCCGCCGUCGCGCUGCGCGGCCGCUUCGAGAUACUCUCCCUGUCGGGCGCCUUCCUCCCGGCGCCGGCGCCGCCGGGGGCCACGGGGCUCGCCGUGUACCUGGCGGGAGGCCAGGGGCAGGUGGUGGGCGGGAGCGUCAUGGGCGAGCUCAUCGCGUCGGGCCCCGUCAUGGUGAUCGCCGCCACGUUCGGCAACGCCACCUACGAGAGGCUGCCGCUGGACCAGGACGCCGACGAGGGCGCCGUGCUGUCCGGGUCGUCCGAGGGCGCCGCCACCGCGCAGCAGAUGGAGCAGCCGCAGCAGCAGAGCAGCGGGGGCAACGUCGUGCCGCCGUCCAUGUACGCCGUCCCGCAGACGCCGCCACACGACAUGUUCGGUCAGUGGGGGCACCCCGCUGUGACGCGGCCGCCGCCGACGUCGUUCUAGCAAGCAAGCGCUUGCUGCGCCGCCCGGCCGGCGAUUACCUUUAUUUGCUAGGUGGCGUCUCUGCAAGCAUGCAUCAACGAGCCAUGCGAUCGAUUCAGUUUCAUGUGAACUGCUAAAUUAAUCUUCAUUCUUUUCAUGACCGCUACUCGAAUCAGUUCUGCUGUAUAUCUUGUGUGGGAAUGCCUACACUACACAAGUUAGAUGCCUUACAAUAUUGGCAUAUGGCCAUGAACUGAUCAGAUGUGCAUGUUUUCUUUGCUCUUCAUCAUACAUACCUCGAUUUGGCCCGUAGGUUUGAUCAUUUCAAUGAACUCAGAAGGAUUCUGAAAAUUCAAAAAGUAAUAGUACUAUGUUCUUUCAAAAUAAACUAUGUUAAUUGCUGACUUCUGAACUUUACUGCUGUCAGGAGAUCUACUGAUCUUGACAUUCCAUUUUGCUAGUUUAUUAUUUCUUUGAUCACUCUGCCUUUCCGCUGACUGAUACAUCUAAUGCAUAUAACUGUGCCUAC